UCGGCCGUAGAGAUAUAGUUUGCGGUCGUCAACUAGAGUCAACGACAGCACCAAAGAGGUUAAAAAGACAUUGUUCAAUAUUCGUGAAAUUUAUUUUUAUCGCAUUUGAUGCAUGUUAAUAAUUCAUACACACAAAUGUAUAGAGUUUUUACUAAUAUCAAUAUUAUUUAGUUUUUACAAGAUUAAAAAUCUCAAAAAAGCAUUUCACGUUGUCAUAUGCGAUACACGCAGCACAUACGCGCAACGUUGCCGGUUUGAUAGAAAAGAAACGGAACAGUAUGUCUGCACUCUGCACUCUUCAACAAACCGAGCGUGAUGUCCCGCACAUGAAUGCGGAUUUUGUUUGUAUGCACGCUUCUACCCCACAGUUUUCGGUGCUUGGCGGAUCUACUUAUCGACAGUGAAGUGGAUGGUAUCACGGAUUCAAAUCAAAUAAAAGUGGAUCUAGCACGGACUCUAACCGAGAUAUAUUUUUACCGUCUGCGCUUAAAAGUGAAUCUCGCUCCGUAGUAAGAGAUCCACUUUUAGUGGAUCUCAGCGCUGAAACCAGCGACUCGAAACCAUUACAAGAAACUACAGGCUCAGGCUUCUCUCUGUUACUAUAUAGCUAUUCGGGUUUUAUAAGUUCGUUCAUCCCACGUAGAAUGGCGUACGGACCAGUUUAAGAGGUCCACAGAGCCACAGGAGCACAACCAAGCCAAAUCUUACAAGUUCGUUCGCUCAUAUGCCAUCUAUAUUAGUGAAUUGAGUCUGAUUAUAAAACAAUCUUUCGACGAUAGGUGGCGGUGUUGCUUUGUUCUACAUAUUCUACCACGGAGUGGGAAUUAUAAGGAGAGGGGUUUGUGGUUGUGUGUGCGAAUCGAGCAGAGAAGAACAGUGUGCUCUAUCAAAGGAAGGAGCAGCACGGCAGGCUUUAGCGGCCUGUAUUCGUAUGUGCCAUUCACUGCCAUAGGGGCCACUGCCAGACUGCCAGACACUUAACAGAGUGCGCGUUCGUUUACAAGAUGGCAGACGACUGUUCGUCUGCGGUGGAAAACGCAACCGCUACGGCGGUCGCGGAAUUGGACAGUAAUUCUCGCGUGACGAGGGAGCGGCACAAAUGUGCAGACGCGAGCGCGACAACCGCGGCUUCGGAACUGUUUCUACCGUCAAAUCAGGACGUUUCGUUCGUCAAGUGCAUCGGGCAUCAGGACGCUUUUACCGCGUGUUCGUACAAAACGACAGACGAUUAUCACCAUCGUCUGCAUCGUGAUUACUGUGUUCAUCAUUGUCAUCGUCAGCAUCAUUCUCUUCUUCGUCACUCUUAUCGCCGCAACCAUAAUCAGUCACCACUGCCUAAUUAUCAUCAUCAUCAUCACCAUCAUCAUCACCACCACCACCAUCAUCACUUUAAUCCUCAUCACUUAAUCAGUCGUCGCGACAACGAUCGUAUAAGUAACAACCGCAACAAUGGUGAUAUCGCGAUGACCGGUGAUGAUUCGCAGUCAUGUGUCGACGCGACUGUGCUAGUAACUGUGAGCGACGACGAAGAGGUGAGCGGUAGCGGCGCGGUGGGCAUCGGUGUCGUAGCGCCCUGCGGUGGCGUCGGCAGUGGCAGCGGCGGCAGCUGUAGUGGCAGUGUCGGUCUGUACCACCUUGGAAUCGAGAUAGUCCGAGGCGUCGUGGAGACGACGACGCAACGGAACGAGGACGACGGCGGCAUCGAUAGUGACGCCGACGGUGAUAGUGGUGGCAGUAGUAGUAGUAAUAGUAGUAUUAUUAGCAGUAGCAAAAGUGGUGCUGUCGCGGUAAUCAUGACCGGAGGUAAUAAUAAUACUGCGGAGACAGCAGGCGUCGAUGUUGAUGUCGAGGACGUCGAUGCGGCCGACGACUCUUCAUCGUCACGACGCUCGACGCCGAGUGUGGAUGAUAUUGUGCCGGAAGUGAACGACCGCGGGACCGAUCACGAUGACAGGAGACGAGGAGCGACGAGUGUCGUUGUUGCAAUCGAAUCGACGACAAUAGAGGAGACCAGAGGUGAUGCCGAGGAUGUUGUUCCGACGGCGAAGACAUUAAACAAUAAUGGCAUCGUCGUGACUAGGUUCCAGAAUAAUCCGUUCAAGGGACAGGUUAGGAUGGCCGAAGACACCCUUGUCGGGCCCUGCGGCAAGAAGCGGUGCACGGAUCGAUACGACAGCUCCGAAAGCUCUGACAGUGGGGUGGCGAUUUCGUGUGGGGAAUGCAGCAGCAGCGGUACCAGCGAUAUCACGGAACCGGGCUCGCCAUACAGUACCAGCAGCGACGAAGGAGUAGCUGUCAUACGCGGCACGUCCGCCAGUCCGUUGCCGUCUCCGCUCAAGCUGGCGCCGUCAUCGCAGACCGACACCAGGCCCUCGUGGCCGUGGGCCCCACUAUUAGCAACCGCCUGCUCCACUACCGCGUACAAGAGGCUGCGAGGCGAACCCGAGGCUGGCGCUCUUCCGCGUUCUGGCGCCGCCGAUCCUACCUCCAGAAGCAGCGUCAAGACGGGUGGAAAGAAUGCCAGCGGCCAACACCACCAUGAGUCUCAGGGCAAGAUCACCGAGUACUACAACAAGCAGAUCAAGCCCCAGCAACCGAAGGUUAAGAAAACGAACGAAACAAUGUCAGUGUUAGUGGCGAAGAGCUCGUCAGAAUUCCGAAGACCACCUAUAGUACAAAGAAAUAAGGGCGGGCUGGCUAAAUACUUGGGCACCGUGUCGUCUAAUCAGAGCUCCUCGGCUACUGACUGGGAAGUGAGAACACUGCCAUCGGCGACGGCAAAGAAGCCACCGUUGGUAAUCGUGCCAAGAAUCAACGGCAAGAUGGAUAAGAAGCUGCCAAAGCCGCUGCCAAGUCUGUCAAUUUCGAACGACGUAUUGAAAAAUUUACCUAACUGCAAGAUCUCCUCAUCUCUUAGAUUAACUUCGGGCUCAAAUGUCAAUAAUGCUAAGUGCAGUUCUUCCACCACUGCCGCCUCGUCGCUUUUAAGCGAGCCAUUGGAUUUCAAGAGUUGUAUCCUGUCGCACGUGAACGAGAACAACAACUUCACAAACGGCUGCGGAAGUAUCUUAGAUGCGUUCAGAUCGCAGACUGGCCACGACACUAACAUCUCGAGACUGUCUUCGCCGUUACCGUCGAAGGAGGACGAGGAUAAAAGCGAGGAAGUUCAGACGACGCCGAUCGACGAAGACGACGUCGACGUGGACGAAGAGGAUUCGCGGAGUAGCGAAUCAAAGCGGUCGCUGUCCCCUAUCCUCUCGACACCUACUACUAUUCGCUUCCCGGCGCGAGAGCCCAAAAAAGACAGAUCGCAAACCACCGAUAGCGGAAUCUGUCGCUGGGACAAAUGCGAAGCAAAUUUUGAAGCUGUAGGUAGUCUUCUGGAGCAUUUACAGUCCGCGCAUAUCAACACACAAACUGGUAGCGACAACUUUGUCUGCCAUUGGCAGGGAUGCAAGGUACAAGGAAGGACCUCGUGUUCUCGACGAUGGCUAGAAAGACAUGUUAUGUCUCAUGGCGGCAACAAACCCUUCCGAUGUAUCGUCGAAGGUUGCGGUUUCAGAUUUAGUUCGCAGACGGCCCUCGAAAGGCACGUGAAUAAUCACUUCAAUCAACCAGAAACUAAUAAUAAUGGACGACGCAGUUGCGAAAACGGCGGCAAACUCGUUAGAAAGAAUAGCAAGAAACUUAAAUACAGACGACAACCUCGGUCUGCGAAACGUUUUGAUUACUUCGACGCAAGCAUAAUGGAAGGUCUUCAGCAUAGAUUGCAAGGACUAGCGGCAUCGAGGACGCAAGGGCGACUACAAGAAACACCAGGAAACUCGAUGGUAUUAACUAGUCAAGUUUUAGCAAGAAGAAUUGAAUUAGAUGGACAGACGAAGGUACUACUGCGGUGGUAUCCGCGAGAUAUAGAACCGGACGAAUGGGUACUAGAAUCCGAAGUACAAAUCACGAAGCACAUAGAUAUUCGCAAAGCAGUUGCCAUUAAUCCGGAAGAGGUUAGUUUGGCUCUCUAUCCCGCGAUAAGCGGUCGCACGCCAUCUACAACGCGUGUGAAACAGCGUCGAAAACCGGUAAAGAAUUCGUGAUAAUGCCAGUUGACCAGUCGGAUAUUAGAGUUGAUCAUUCGAGCACAUAUAACACUCCUGAACUAGAGAAGAACAGAAUUAAUGCUGCUGGUAAUAAAAGCAGAACGUCUCCUGGUCGGUGAAGACAAAGGCCACGGUUCGAAAAUAUCCGAAUUGUAUCGAGAAAGAGAUAUCGCUAGAAAAUAACUUACCUAAUCUAGGAGAACGACCAAUGUCUACGGAUCCCAGAUUGACUAGAAGAUAAGAGAAUUGCAGUGAGAGAAGUAUAUCGCGCAAGAGAGAUAUAAUAAAAUUGAAGAUGUAAACCGAGUAGUACACAGUUAGCGAUAAGAAUGAAAAGAACAACGGAGAAUGAGAGGGAUACGAUCUCCUUCUCAUUUCAGUUGAGCGAGAGAGCGCUGCGUUGUUAAUGAUCAUACUCUUCGUCAUUUUUCAUUGAUAGUUACAUCUGCUAAUGCGCAAAGUUUACGUGGAUCUGUGCCACGAAUACCUCGCAUAUUCCGAAGCUCGUCGCUCCCGGAAGAGCUAAGCCCGGGCCUCGAAAGUGCCUCACCGUGGAUACGUUUUGUACCGUCUUGUAUCGCCGUUUGAAAUUCCAAAACUUGACGCGCGAUAAAAAUGGCGCUAGUAAUGAUAGAUGAGAACAAACAAAUUAAAAAAUAGAAAAGAAAAAAGAGAAAGCUCUAAAAGAAGCUUACGCGCUUGUUUUGCCAAUGAAAAUCGAGAGACAAAAAGCACAGACAAAAUGUUUAAGCGGUAGUUAACAAUUUAUAAGGAAUAAUCACUCUGGUGGCCUUAGGACUCAUUUAAUAUCUAACAUCGGCCUCUUGGCACUUCUGGGAACCAAAUGGCAUUCUUGUGAUCUUUGACGAUGCCUCGAGAAUGAGUAAGAAAAAGAGAGAAAGAGAGAGAGAGAGAGAGAGAGAGAGAGAGAGAGAGAGAGAAAGAGAGAGAGAAAGAGAGAGAGAAAGAAAGAAAGAAAGAGAGAGAGAGAGAGAGGAGUGAAAGAAGAUGCGUCUACCUUGAUUUAGUAACUCGAUAGGAACUCGCGCGUCGUUGUACCAUAUGACACGAGAAGAGAAAAAAGAUCGGAAAUAAAAAGAUUGUAAAAAGAAUGCAGAAAAUUGUAUCGAGGAACAAAAGUAAAUCGGAGCGAGAAUAAAUUAAUUAUGUAAGAAUGAAUGAAACAAUAAGAGUGUGAAAGAGAAAAAUAGAGAUCGAGAGUGACGUUGCUCCGAAACCGCCGUUAUUUCCCUGAAUAGGGGUAAACAGUCUCUCCCAGAUUUAUAAGCUCAGCAUGAAAUUGAAAGACUGCAAAAAAUAAUCGAACAUUUACGCUAUUUGAGAUUUCUAUCGAGAAUUAAGUUCCUCUACUACCUUUUGCAAGUUGGAGAGGCAAUGUACAAAACAAAAAAUUAAAAAGAGAUAUAAUUAUUCCAAAAUGGCUGCCGCGAAGCAUUUUCAGAUUAUCACAAUUAUUCAUAAUUACCUCGAUUCCGUGUCCUAAACAUGUUUGAGUAUACUUAACAUCGUCGCGUUAAUUGUAUCUUUCUGCUGAGUCUCGCGCAGCAUGUUGACGUACGCUCGUCCACCGAUCCUAAUCCGAUGAAAGGAAAAUGAGAGUAAUUGAACAUGCUGUACGACUGCAACUGAUGAGCUGUUACUCUCAAAAGGAGUAAAUUACGAAGGCUGUGUUAUAUUUCACAUGAAAUUAUUGAGGAAGGGAAUGAAUAUAAUAACAAAGCGACGUUCGCCGCUUAUCGUAAUUUCGUAAUCUUUACAGCUGCGAGAAUGUCUUAACGCUCUUUGCAGCGCCGAAAACGGUGAUGUCACACGUAUGCAUACGUAGCGAAUAUAUUGGUUCAUGUAAAUUAAACUUGACAAAAAGGAGAUCAAGAGUAAUGAAAACGAUUAGAGAGUAAAACUGAAAUAAAUGAGAGAAUGGAUGUGUGAGAUUGCAAGUGUGAGUGCAAGAUGGUGAUGUAUGGAACACACAGACAAGACAGACAAAGACGGCACGUUAUUACACCAGCUAAGAAACACUGCCAAUACGAUUAUAAUUAAAAGAGCUACAAUAAUAAACCGAUUAAUUAUUCUUACUAUUAUUAUAAAGUACGAUUGUAAGUGUAUAACCGAAUAGAUCUCUCUAGCUAACGCGCGACAAUGAAUUCGUGAAAAGCGGUUCCAAGAACGUGUCGAACUCAUUUAUCGAACUGCUUGCGCGAAAAUAUUCCGUGUACAACGCGUCACGAAAAACAAAGCAAAUACGCGAGUUGUAAAUGUAAAUACUUAGUUGAAAUUAUAUACGUAAUGAGAAUAUAUAAGUACACGAAUCCUGUAUUCGCAGUCGCUGAGCUCGUUCGUCGCCGUUAAAAUAAAAGUUACUUUCGCGAGCACCAAAAGGUAUUCUAAAAGGAUAUCUCUCUAUAUUUGUUGUGUUUUCAAUCAGGCAUAGCGUUCCCGCGAAGACGACAUUCACAUGUACACGACGGUAAACGUAGUAGUGGAUUCUCUUGCUUUCUUUUCGAAAAGAAAUCGAGAAUAUAUACCGAAUCCGAAAAAAGAACAAAGAAAAAAUUAGUUGAAACGCGUCACUGCCAAAAUUAUGCACUGCCAUCUUCGUCGUUUUAACGACGCGCGUUUAACGUAGUAUCUAUUUCUGCACAAGCGUGCUUCUAAUAAUCUCAUAUGUCGGCUCUUUUCUUUUACUUAUACACAUGGCCUAGCCGUACUGUUUGUUGUUCUCUGUAUUUAUAUUCUCCGAGUGUAUAUCGUCGUUGUUAGAAACAAUUUUAGUAACAUUAACAAAACUGAUUUGAACACACAUUGGUAAAAUUUACGUUACUUUAUAUUUAUAAAGAGAUUCCCUAUUCGUAGACUUUAAAAACAACAAAAAGAUUGCUUCCUUGCAAUCGACGAUAUCCUCCGAGCGCUCACAUGUCGCGCACUGCCAAACUUCGUCGAGCACGCAAAACAUAAGGCACUGCCAAACGAAAUAUACAAAACAGGACAUGUGUGAUUAUACGGUGGAUUCUGCUGAAAGGUUUUAUCUUUUUAAGUCGAUCUGAGUUUCACUGAGACAGCUCCUCGGUGCCAUACUUGUAAGGAGCUAUCAACUGUAAAAUCAACGCAUUCUGAUUCUGAUUCUUUGUAAUCAACACAUAUUGCUUUAAACUCGACGACAGAAUGCGAUAUAAUAUGAGAUUUAAGAUGCAAGGAAUAUGACAUUCAUAUGUUAAUCAAUAAAUUUUAUGUUAUAGACAUAAUACAGUAUAUUGGUACUUUUUAGUUUUUUAUUUUUAUUUAUUUUAUUUUACCAGUAAAUUUACAUAAAUCCUAUAGAGGUAACAAAUUACUUGUACACAGGACUGGUUACAAAACACAAACUAAAUAAAAUAAAAUUCUCAAACAUAAUAGAUAAUUCAUAUUAAAAUAGCAUCUGAAAAGUUCGCAAUAGAUAUCACAAAUGUGUUGCUUAUAUUUAAAUUGAGAUAUCCCAGCUACGUAACUUGUAACUCUAGUUUACGAGUACGAGCCAGAGACCUGAUGAACAUAGUGAGCCCCUAUCCACUUUUUCAAUUUUCUUUUUAUUGAAAACUUACUUGAAUACAUAUAUUUUAUUUUUCGUAACUUGGAAAACUUUUCUUUCUCUGCAGAAUACACUUGAUGUAUAUUACAAACACACAUAGCACUGAAUAAUUUAUAAUAUUUAAAAAGUACACACUUACAAAUUUUAAUAGUACUCCUUUAUAUAUUAUUUUAUUAUUUCAGACUUAAAGUUUACAUUCAUAUUCCUAGUUUCUUACAUCUUUAUUUUACAUAUUGUUAUAUCUAGAUCGUUCAUGUUCAUUAUUUAUCUUUUUUUUUCGUGGUGCAAUCGUUUACCCAAUUGCCAUUUCUAUCUUCUCAACGUGUCAAUUUCUGUUUAUUAAAUGACCUCUGCUCGUACAGUAUAAUUUCAAAACUGCGUUGACGAAAUAAGGAAUAAAUUUAUUGCACUUACUUCUAUUAUUUCUGUGGGACAUUUGUUUUAUAUCAAAAUAUAAAUUUGAUACUGUAAAGUAACUGAGUGGAUCAAUUGUAUUUCGUAACUGUUUUAGUUGAGAAAAACAAUGGUUUUUUUUUCUUUUUUUUUUUAGAUAUAAUUUUAAACAGUAAUUUAUAUUAACAAAAUUCUCUUGUUUAAGAAUUGCGCAUUGAGCAGAGACUUGGACAUAAAAAAAAAGUGAUAUAUUAUUAUUUUUUAAAUAUUUUCUUGUAGAUGCGCGCAUCCGCAAAUAAAUAAGCUGAUGGAGAAAGCUUUCGGGUAAUUGAUCGCGCUUGAUCUCGUGAAAUGGAAGAACCGCAAUAACAAUAUACAAAGAGAGACAUUAAAAACAUUUUAAAGGUCCUUCCAAUUGUAUUAUCUAUUUCUUGCAUUGUAAAUUCAAAUUUGAAUAAAUCAGCAAUAUGCAAAAUAAAAAACAUCAGUGACCUUUGAACAAGCGUAGUAGCAGACUUGUAUAAGUUACUGAAAUUUUGGUUAUGCUUAAGUCGCUUAUUAUAUUGUAUAAGUAUAUAUAAUUGGCGAAUCUUAUUCCGAUUCUAAGUAUUCUCUUGUAUGUUAUGUAUUUUUCUUUUGUAAUUAAUUAUGUAUAAUUAAGAUUUAUAUGUGCGUUUAGUGUGUCAUCGGCCAGAGAAAAUAAAUUGACUGCAUUUAGUUAAAAACUUUCUGUUAAUUUUGUGACGUAACAAUUAGUUGCAUUUUUAACGCUCUCGUAUCAGAAGCACUAAACAAAUUUUUUUCUAAGAAAAGCAUAAAUAUAAACGCUAAAUUUUUUUCUUAUAAACGUAAAGGGUAUAAUCGCAAAAACCAUAGAUACUACAUGUAGCCACACAUGCGUAGCUGUACAGUCUCAUAUUUAUUAUCACUGUUCGUAUCGGCCUGCUGACAAUUCUAAAUUAUUGAUGUAGAACCUUUAAUAAAUACUAAUGUAAGAGAGACGGAAAGGCUGAAAAAGAAAUGUGAGGUCAUGUAAUUGUAAACGAUUUGUAUACGUUUUUCUAAUGCACAAAGUCUGAUUCGCACAGAAAUCAUAAUAUUUUCGUGAUUUCUGGUGUUUUUUAUAUUAUACACAUUCGUAUGUUUUUUUGUUUUUGUAGUGUUUUAUUUUAUAAUCCACGUAAUGUAUGCCGCGUGAUGUACUAAAUACUAUGGAUGUAGUAAAAGGAAUAUUGCAAAGUGUUCUGUAAGAUAAUUUGAUCUGUAUUAACAGUAUAAAAGAAAACAAAAACAAAUAGAAAGAUGUAGCAAAAGAGAAUACGUAAACAUUUUUUAAGUUUCUUUUUGCUUUUCUGGAAACACUUUUGCUAAACACAUGCGCGUGUGUACACACCCACACCCACACCCACACACACACACACAGAGAGAGAGAGAGAGAGAGAGAGAGAGAGAGAGAGAGAGAG